GAUAAACCGGGAUAAACCGGGAUAAACCGGGAUAACCGGGAGCGCUGGGGGCGCCGCGACUGGGGCGCGGCCCGGCGGACGCGGAGCCAUGAGCCGAGCCGGGAGGGUCCCGGGCCGGGGCGCCGCCGUGGCCAGGCAGAUGGGGCUGCUGCCGGGCCCCGGUGCCGGGGGCAGCCCGGGGGACGCGGACGGGGACGCGGCGCUGGAGGCGGAGCUGCUGCUGCUGCUGGGGGGCCGGGAGGCGCCGGAGCGGCCCCAGCCGCCCCCCCGAGAUCUGGCAGCCGUGGAGGCCCUGGCCCAGCUCUGCCUGCGGGACCCCCCGGAGGAGGAGGAGGAGGAGGAGGAGGAAGGGGAGGAAGAUCUGGAGAAUGAGGAGGAGCUGCUGGCAGAGCUGCAGGAGGUGCUGGAGGAGGGGUCUGAGAGUCCAGCGGAUGCAGAGACCCCGCAGGAUCCCGCGCCCGCGGCGGCGCUGCUGGCCGAGCUGGAGGAGCGGGCACAGCUCUACCGGGCUGCCCUGGGGAGCAGCGGGAACGACAACGGGAACAACAACGGGAGCAGCGGGGCCCGGCUGCGGCGCCUCCAGCGCGGCCUCAAGACCCUGGAGCAGAUGCUGGAGUCGGUGCGGAGCGGGAAGCCGAUCGACCAGGCUGAGAUUCCCCCUCCCGUGGCUCUGGGGAAGGCAACUGGGACCCCUGGGGCGCCUCCCGCUGUGAGCCCCGAGCCCCCAGUGCAGCCCCCAGCCCCUGCCCAGCCUCCCCCAGCCCCGGACCCCUGCCCGGGUCCCGGCUCGGUGCCGGUGCUCCGCCUGCGCCUCCAGGAGCUGCAGAAGGAAGCCCUGGGGGCCAAACGCCGUGGGGACAACGCCAUGGCCCUGGAGCACUUCAGGGCGGCCAAGAGGCUGGAGGCACAGCUGGAGGCGCUGGGGCAAGGCCGGGCUCCGCCAGCCCCGGAUCCACAGCCAGAGGAGCCGAGGGAUCCACCAGUGAGGGAUCCACCAGCGAGGGAUCAACCAGCGAGAGAUCCACCUGCGAGGGAUCCACCUGCGAGGGAUCCGCCGGCCACCAGCCCAGAGCCCCCCCGGGCGCCGCGGGACGUGCGGGAGGCGCUGGAGCAGCGCAUGGAGCGGUACCGGGCGGCCGCGGGCCAGGCCAAGGACAGCGGGGACGCCAGGAAGGCGCGGAUGCACGAGAGGAUCGUCAAGCAAUACCAGGCCGCGCUCCGUGCCCACAGUGCUGGCAAGGCCGUGGAUCUCUCGGAGCUGCCGGUGCCCCCGGGCUUCCCCCCCAUCCAGGGCACGGAGACCCCGGCCGAGCCCAGCAUCUCCGGGAUGCUGGAGGCGGCCUCCAGGCUGGCGGCGCCAGAGCAGGAGGAAGAGGAGGAGGAAGAGGAGGAAAAGGAGGACACCAAGGCAGGAUUUUGGUUAGGUGGGGUGGGGAGGAAAUCCAGGGGAUUUGCAGGGGGGGACAUUCCCAGUGAUUCUCAUCCUGUCCUCCAGGCGCAGCCCAGCGCUCCCCCUGUGCCCCCUCCCAAACAACCAGCCCGGAAUUCCCAAGCGGCUCCCAAACCUGCUGGGAAAGCCCAGCAGCAGCUGGAGUUCCUGGAGCUGCGGCGCCGGCAGCUGGCGCAGGCCGCGCUGCGCGCCAAGCGCCGCAACGACCUGGAGGGAGCCAAGCUGCUGCUGCGCCGCGCCAAGGGCGUCGAGGGGCUCCUGCAGGCCGCCCGCGGGGGGCUGCCCGUGGACAUCGCCCAGGUGCCGGAGGUGCCCCUGGACGGCGCCGAGUUCGAGCUGGGCCCGGCCCGGGGGGUCCCGAUGACCCCCGAGGUCGCCAAGACCUUCCUGCAGCUGGCGGCGGCUCUGAGGAAGCAGCACCAGAUGUGCCUCACCUACUCCCGACAAUUCGCUCACCUGGGGAACAUCUCGGAGACCACCAGGUGCGAGGCGCUGGCCGAGGAGUGCCGGCGGCACAUGGAGACCCUGAGGAGGGAGCACGGCCGGGGGGGGCCCCCCCCGAGACCCCGCUACGAGCAGAGAACCUUCAGCAUCAUCAAGACGUUCCCGGAGCUGAGCAGCAGCGACCUGGAGCUGGGCAUAGAGAGAGGGAUCGGCCUCCCAGUGCCGCCAGGUGUGGCCCCAGGUGACCUGGACACCUUCGUGCGCUUCGAGUUCCCCCACCCCAGCGUGGAGGAGGCCCAGCGGGACAAGACCAACGUGGUGAAGGGCACGGACUGUCCCGAGUUCCGGGCGCGGUUCCGGCUGCGGCUGCUCCGGGGCCACCGGGGGCUGCGGAGGCUCCUGAGCUCCCGCGGGAUCCGGCUGGAGGUGACCCAGAAAGGGGGACUGUUCCGGCCGGAGCGGGCUCUGGGCUCGGUUCAGCUGCGCCUGGAGGGGCUGGAGGGGAGCUGCGAGCUCCGUGAGCAGCUGGAGCUCCUGGACGGGCGGCGCCGCACCGGCGGCCGGCUCGAGGUGUGGGUGCGGAUCCGGGAGCCGCUGGGGCCGCAGCGGCAGCUGGAGCCGCGCUCCGAGCGCUGGCUGGUGCUGGAACCGGCGGCGGAGCCCACGGUCGCCGUUCCCAAACCGAGCGCGGCGGCCCCGAAGGACGGGAACAACAGAGCCCUCCCGACGCUGCCGAGCCUCAACCUGCUGCUGUUCGACCGGGAGCGCCUGGAGCGGAAGAUGGUGCCGCUCGGCCGCGCCGGGCGCCCGGUGCCCCCCGAGCUGCGGCAGCAGCACCAGGAGCUGCAGCGGCGCAUCCAGGGGCUGCGGGCGCGGCUGCAGGGCGGGGACCCCCGCUUCCGCACGGAGUACGCGGAGCACCUGGAGCGGCACCUGCGGCUCUACACGGAGGCGGCGCGGCGCCUCGGGACCCAGGGCGAGCGGGAGGCAGCCAAGGAGGCUCUGUACAAACGGAACCUGGUGGAGAGCGAGCUCCGAAAGCUCCGUGGAUGAAGCCCCCCCCCCACUUCAAGUGGGGUUUUGGGGAGGCUCAGAGACCCCAGCCCCCGAUUUUGGGGGGCUCUGGGGACAUUCUCCCCCCACCCCCCCAUGCCCACUGUGACAAUCACAGGGAUCAGAGCUGCUACAUCCCCCCCCCGGGGUGACAACGACCCCCACUCAGUGACAGGGUGACAGUGACCCCCUCCCCAAUUUCAUGGUGAUAAUGACCCCCUCCCUGGUUUCAGGCUGAUAAUGACUCCCCCCAGCUUUUGGGUGAAAUGACCCCCCCCCAAUUUUAGGCUGAUAAUGACUCCCCCCAAUUUUGGGGUGACACCGACCCCUCCCCACCCGGGUCCGCGUGUCCCCCACCCCCACCAAAGCGGAUCCCCCCCAAGUGCCUGUAGGGGAGGGGCUGUUCCGGGCGCUCUCAAAGAUUAUUAUAAUGAAUUAUAAUUACGAUAAAGCUUUUAAGCGGAAAAA